AUGCAUAUGAAGGAAGCAGGCAGGAACUCUGAGACUCUUCCAUCUGUGACCAGUCCCAAUGCUCCGGUCACCGGCUACAAGCGUAUGGUCAUCCCGACUCAGCCUCCUCUGACAGCCACUAAGAAGUCCACUCCCAAGGCCGGGGCCCCAGGUGGAACACUGCCCCGACCCCAGGCAGAGCACUCCUCCUCCGCACCCACCUCCUCUGCCUCACCAGUGGCCAGGCCUCAGUUCCAUACGUUGCCUCAGCCAGUCCCAGCCACCUACACCACAGCCUCCACCCACAGCCAGCCCACCUUCAAUGUACAGGUGAGGUCUGCCCAACCCGGGCCCCAGCACCAGUCCCCAGGACCCCCCCAGCAGUUUGCCCAGCAGCCUAUCCGGAGCCCAGCCCAGGUCCAGUACAUGUCUGCUCAGCCACGAGGCCCUGACUUGGCCUACGGGCCUCCUCAGCCAGGCUUCGCCCCUCAGCCAGACUUCGCCCCUCAGCCAGGCUCUGCACCACAAGGGUUCCCAGAGCAGGCCUACCCUGGACCAGGAGGAUAUGGGGGAGAACCAGGAGGGUACGGGGGACAACCAGGAAACACCUGGAGACCCCAGCCUAGCUAUGCUGCUGCUCCUACCCAGCAGGGCUACCCACAACCUGUCCCUAAGAAGACCUACAUCACAGACCCUCCUGCCAGCCUGGCUCCUCCUGCACACCUCGCCCCACAGAAGGCUCCCAGCAGUGCCAGGCCUGAGGAAGAGCUGGAGCGUCUCACCAAGAAGAUGCUUUAUGACAUGGAAAACCCUCCGGCUGAGGAGUACUUUGGGCGGUGUGCCAUCUGUGGGGAUAAUGUGGUGGGUGAGGGUACCGGCUGUACCGCCAUGGACCAGGUCUUCCAUGUGGACUGCUUCAUCUGCAUGACCUGUAGUGGCAGGCUGCGCGGUAAACCCUUCUACGCCGUGGAGAAGAAGGCCUACUGCGAGCCCUGCUACAUCGUGAGUCUCAGCCCAUCUGUACACAACACACACACACACACACACACACACACACACACACACACACACACACACACACACACACACACACACACACACACACACACACACACACACACACACACACAGUGUACAAACACAAACCCUUCUGCACUGUGGAGAACAAGCUAACUAGUCAUCUACCUUUAACCACAUUAGUUAUAGCUAUUUUUUUGCCUUGUAAACUAGCUUGCUAGCUAGAAUAUUAUGAUUCACUUCACACAUUCUACAUGCUCUCUGUGUUUCUGCCACCUCAUGUCUCUUCCUAAAUAUCAACACCCUCGGAGGUAUAAUGACCUCAUGUCUCUUCCUAAACAUCAACACCCUCGGAGAUAUAAUGACAUCAUGUCUCUUCUUUAACAUCAGUAUGAGUCCAAAUCAAAGUAUUCAAACUGGAGCACGGAGGUCACUUCUCUGAUGUUUACUCCACUUGUACACAUUUCAAAGCACGCAUCGAUACAAGCUUCAACG